UCGUUGGCAACAUUGUAGGGAAGUGAAGUGAAGUGACAGCAAAUGUGAAAAAUUGUUUUGGUUGUGUUUUUCUGAAUUAAAUGACUUCUGGAAAGGAUACAAUGGGGGAACAACCUAUUUUUACGUGCAAAGCCCACGUUUUCCAUAUAGACCCCAAAACGAAGAGAUCCUGGAUGCCAGCAUCCAGUUCAGCAGUCAGUGUAUCUUUUUUUUAUGAUUCCUCUAGAAGUUUGUACAGGAUUAUCAGUGUUGAGGGACAAAAAGCUGUCAUAAACAGUACUGUUACCCCGAAUAUGACUUUUACAAAGACAUCACAAAAGUUUGGCCAGUGGUCAGACGUUAGGGCUAACACAGUUUAUGGAUUAGGAUUCUCAUCUGAAGCUGAACUUCAGAAGUUCAUUGAUAAAUUUAACGAAGUCAAAGAAGCCACUAGGUCUGCCAUAAGUAAGGUUACUGCCAAUGGAGGUUCAGUUGUGACUCCUGUGACCAGUGCAAAUGCUAGCCCAAUUAGUGCUAGAGCAGCUACUGCUGCCGCUGAUUCAUCUACUGAUAAUCUGCUUGAACCACCAGGAUUCUUAAUUCCAGGCAAUUCUAUGAUGCCGUCUGCCAAUUCCAAGUCUGAAGAUGAUAUUCCACAUCCUCGAAGCCAUUCCAUUUCCGGUAUUCAAAGCAACGAAAGUCCCAGCCAUCAAGUGAAAGUAGAUAAAGGUCCAUAUAAUACCAGUCCCAUUGACAUGCAGCUCAAAUACGAAAAUGACAGGUUGAAGUUGGCUUUGGCGCAAAGUUCCGCAAACGCCAAAAAAUGGGAAAUAGAAUUGGCAACAUUGAAAAGCAAUAACGCAAGAUUAACUAGCGCCCUUCAAGAAAGCACGGCAAACGUAGACGAAUGGAAAAGGCAAUUAGCUAGCUUGAAGGAGGAAAAUAUGAGAAUGAAGGCUAAAUAUCAGGCUGAUUUAGAAAAUAGCAAAGGGGGAGGCGAUCUAGCAGACGAACUUAGAAAAGAAAUUCAAAAUUUAAGAAUUCGAGUAGAACAAUUAGAAUCUGAAUUGGCCAGUAAAAAUAGCGAAAUAAAACUUCUCGCUUUAUCUGAUAAUACGACUGAACUACAAUUCAAGAUCUUCUUUAGUCCACCUCCGAAACCCCUAUGGACACCGCCAGUCAAAGUUAAUCAUCGUUCUAGAUUGUAAUGGACCCUUCGAAGAAUGAUAGCGAAACAACAAUAAAUAUCUCAAUGGUCGUAACAUUUGUCAUGUUUUACUAUUUGCAGAAAGAAAAUCAAGAACUCCAGAGCACAAUCAAACUAGCACAAUCAGAACUAGAGAUCGCCCAAAGCACAUAUGAAUCCCAAAAGCACAUACUCUUGACGCUGAACCAACAGCUCGCCUCCAGGAUACACGAGCUGGCCACCAUCCACGACGAAAUGACGACGGCGCUACAGACAUGAGAUAGAUAGCAACAGAACAAAGAUCGCGUUUAUAUAGCGUACGUAUAAGAUCUGAUUUUAUUUUGUAGGGAGUGGACGGCCCUGUAAAUUAUCGCGAUCAACUAUAUUCAACGGUUUUGUAUUAAAUAUCACAAUGAUACGGAAAACAAUUAUUUAUGUUUAUAUUAUGGCCUAUAGAGUACAAGUUAGCGUUUUACAGUUAUGGAACAAACGGUUUUUCUGUGUUAUCUAGUUAAUAUUUUGAAUUCUGCAUAUUCAAGCCCCACGUUGGGCGCCAAACUGGUACGUUACUCGUAGAGAAAUUUAGUCUAUUAAAACUUUUUACAACUUUACGACCCGUAACAAUCUAAAGUAUUCAAGUAAAAACAUUUAUUUCAAAUAAUUUUCAUAAAUAUGAUUUAAUUUUUUUUUCACGUAUACCAAAUAGGUAUAAAUAAUCGGAACUUUUCAUGUUUCUCUUUUGUUUACGUUUCGUGCCUACGAAAUCUAUGAAAAUACUUGUGUCUACCGGAAAAUACAGGGUUGUGCACUUCCAUUAUUUUUUUUUGUAAGUUAAUUGUGUACCUAACCUAUAUCGGAAGUGUUUCAGCACGCUUAAAAUAUGUGUCUCGUUUUAUAAAAAAAAAAUCCGAGUUGAACAUUUUUAACUGUUAAAUAGGUAUGGUUUGAGUGCUUGUCGUUUCUCCAAAUUUAAUUCUUUUGUUUCACAAGAAAAAAUUUGUUUGGGCUUCAAAGGCGUAUUAUUUAACAAUAAUUCAAGAAUAAUAGUUGACUGAGGUUUCUAUAUAAGAAAUAUAUUUGAACAUAAACCCACAGAAAAAUCAAUUGGAGUAAAAUCCGGUAAUCGUAGAUGCUAUUACAGUUGUACGGACGGCUAUUAUUAUUAUUAUUAUUUGCCGUGGCGCUCCGGGGCGACUUAAAGAUGAUUGAUGGUGCCAUUUGACUUACAGGUGAGGAAAACCUCACCCACCAUCAUCGAGACGGUAAUGCAUAGCGAUUUUAUAUUCUGCAUGUCAUAUCAACAGAAACUGAUUUUCUAUUAAUACGGCACACAUCAAAUCCUAUACCGAAUCAUGCAAUUUAAUUAAAAAUCCACAUGGUCUGGGUGGGAUUCGAAGCCCGUCUGUCUCUGGCCAUAAACUUGCUUAUAAAUGUAUAUAAGCGCGAGAAACUGCUACACCACCGACCCGAUAACUAGUACUACAAUUUAAAUUUUCUAAUUAAGAUUCCAUUAUUAGCAAUUGUUUUUAUUGUAUAUUUUCCUUGGUAAAUUAUAAUCAUUCGUAAAUAAAGUUUCCUUAAUCAACAAAUAUCUCUAAGAGAUUGCCAUAUAAUUCAUUUCUGAACAGCAAUGAUGAAAAUAAAACUAAAUAAAAAUUAGAAAAUAUUGAACUCACAAUGGCAAUCAUAACAAGACUCACAAGAACUAAACUUAAACGACUACACCCAAUCAGUUCCAAGUACAAACAAGAAGAGACGAUUACUCGAUCCAAGAUUAACCAUUUAUUUUGAUACUCCUGAGAAACCGGUUAAAUUCGGAACGCGGUUGGCUGAAACAUUAAUUUAAAUGUCAAUUCACCAACCGGUAUAUUUCACUUCCGAUUCUGACACCGUGGUGUCAAGAUUGAAAUGGCGGUCUCAGAAUCGGGAGUCUCGUGUGUAUGUGUCUCUGUAAAAAUCUUGAUUAUUAGUGAAUCUUGCCUUAACAGGAUUAUGCAUCCUGUGAGGAAGUUUCAAAUACAUAUUUUAAUUAUAUUACUUGAGGGUAUUCAAUUGCCGAGAGCAAGACAACGAUACUCUCCUGUUUUGAUAGCUGGGUAAAUUGCCCUGUAGGAUAUAGCCCAAAAAAAGGAGGAAGAAGAAGAACCGGUAUAUUUUUAGAGUUACUGUUAAGUCGAAUGUCAUUCUGUCACGCGAGUCUCGGACUUUUUUCAGGAACUUAAAAAAUACCGGUCAGUUACGGUUGGUUGUCGGUUACUCGCUCUAAAAUUAACCAUUCUGCUAGAUAUUACUGAAAAACCGGUUAAAUUAAGGACGUGUUGCCCAAAAAAUGGUAAAUCAAACGUCAAUUCAUUAACCGGUAUAUUUUUACGGUUACCGUUAAGUAGAAUGUUGAGCUGACACGCGAUUCUCGAUCCGUGCUCCAACUGUAACCAACAAAUGUCGAUUUUUUUAGGAACUGCUCUCAAAAAUACUGGUUUGUUACCGUUAAUUGUCGGUUACUCGAUCCAAAAUUAACCAUUCUGCUAGAUAUUCCUAACGGUUAAAUUCGGGACGCGGUUGGCUGAAAAAUGUGAUUUAGACCUCAAUCUACUAAACGGUAUGUUUUUACGUUUACCGUUAAGUUGAAUGUCAAUCUGUCACACGAUGCUCAGUUCGUGGUCCAAAUGUAACCAAUAGAUAUCGAUUUUUUCAGGAAAUGCUUCAAAAAUACCGGUUAGUUACGGUUGUUUGUCGGUUACUUGGUCCAAAAUUAACCAUUCUGCUUGAUAUUCCUAAAAUACCGGUUAAACUACGGACACUUUGACAGAAAAAUUCAUUAACCGGUAUAUUCUUUCAGUUACCGUUAAGUUGAAUGUCAAUCUGUCGCGAGUUUCUUGGUCCGGGUUCAAAAUGUAACAAUUAUGCUUUAUUUUCCUGAAAAACCGGUUAAAUAAGGCACGCGAUUGACUGAAAAAUUUAUUCAAACUUCAAUUUACUGAACGGUAUAUUUUUACGGUUACCGUUAAGUUAAAUGUCAAACUGUCACUGAAUUGAUGCGACUCUUGGUUCGUGGUCCAAAUGUAACUAGCAAAUAUCGUUUUUUGUUUUCCUUUUUUCAUUUAGGUACCUCUGUCAAAAAAUACAUAUGCAUUUGAUAUUAAAUGAAACAAUAAACAAAUGAUUAAAAUCAUAACCAUCCUCUUGCGAUCUAGUAAUUAAUUUGAACCAUUUAGAAUAUUAGUUUAUUUUUUAUCAUCUAUUACUCGCUUGUGGAUAAUAAAAAUUUUUUUGGAGAAACGGUUCGCAAUAUAACGAAAUAUCCGAAUCAUGUACAUAAAGCCCAAAAAAUAAAUAGCAUUAGCUGCCUUGUAGAACAAGUAUAUCGCCCACUAGUCAAGGUAUUAUAAAUAAAAAAAUUUGUUUAACGUUGCAAGAGCAAUUAACUGUGCCAUUGAAAAGCAAUUGACUUAUGCGAAACAAUUUUUUUUUUAAUAUACUAUAUAAAAUUAUAAAACUCUUCUCGGUAUUUUGAAGUGAUUUCAAUUUUUUCUAUUUUUACGUUGGUUAUAAUUUUGUUUUGAUAAUUUCGUUUCGAGUUCAGAAACUUUACACUGCUACUGUUUUGAAACUAUUGGUCUGAGGACAAAUAUGUUCAUAAUUUUGAUAGAAAAUUGAAUUAUCUUUAAUUUUGCAUACCUAUCGUGAUUUUUAUCGUAAUAUUGAUAGAAAAUGAGUAAUGACGAAAAAUCGAACUUCAGUACCAAAUUUAUAUAUUUAAAGUUAAUAAUUAAAAUCGGGUCAUUAAGAAACAAAAAUAUGUGACUCAGAAAACCUUAACCCGUUUAAAAAUAUACAAAAGUUCAAAUCUGUCGUAACCAUUGUGGUUGAAGCAUUUCAUAAUAUCGAGAAAUGUUUUAUUUAUAUUGUAAUCCAACACGCACACGUGUGCUCCUAAUUAAAUAAUAAAAAAAAUGAAUAUUAAAAACUCAAUAAAAUAUAUUAUUAUACACGCAAGUUGACUGUUUCGCUGAUAUUAAAAACUAACUAUUAUUACACUUUAUUGUUCUGUAAGGUAUAUAAAUUAAUAAAAUUGUACGUACCAUGCGGUUUUACAUUGUUUUUUAGAUUCUGACAGUUUAUAUUUUCCAUUCGUAGGAUUCCCGCCAUUUUUAUAAGUAAAAUUAUGAUUAAAGCUUAGGAAAGAUAAUUUCUAUUUUUUCCAGUAUUAAUGCCUGUUUUGUGAGAUUUUUUGUGAUAAACAGGUCGUAGAAAAAGUGUAUUUUAGUUCAUAAACUAGCGAAAUGUGAGCAUACAUUUGGUGAAAGAAAUUAUUGUAUUGAUUGAGAAAAAGGUCAAAGUGGUAGGAAAAAACAAGUCAAACUUUAAUAUUUUUUAUAGGUUUAUUGAUCAAAUAAUUUAUUUAAAAAGUAGAGAUAAACAAAAUCGACAAAAUAACUAUAAAUCUAACCUAAUCAUAUAAAUAACAUUACCGUUAAAAUUGAUGCUUUUCAUCCGGCUCGAAGGACCACGAAUAGAAUUCAAAGUUAAUCUUAUAAUUAAUACUUCGAGAUGGUUUUCAUGAAUCUUUUAAUUUGCACCUAAAUUUAUAAUAAACAAUAUUAAAUAAUUUUAGCAAUAUUUAAUAAUUUAGAUAUCCAGUUCAUUGUUUUGAAAAUAAUUUUUUUAUUACAAUAUAAACAUCGAAUUUGAAGUGAAAUUGGAGUAAGUUUAAAGUAACUACAUUAUGAAAUAAACAUUAUUAAUUAAAUAAAGGAUUUUAUUUCAUAUACAGGAUGUUAAUUUAAUAUAUUCAAAUCUAAAUACGAGGCCUGUCUAAAAAGUAUCCGACCUUUGGACAGAAAAAAUAUUUCGAAUACCUGACAGAGUUAGGACCCUAACCCUCUUUAAAGUAGGCCCCUUGUGCUUGCACACACUUAGCUCAUUGAUCCUUCCACUGCUGGAAACACCUCUGGAAGUCUUCUUUUGGAAUGGUGUUCAGCUCCGUCGUCGCGUUCUCUACUCUCAAAACGGGAUCCUUUCAGUGCGUCUUCAAUUUUGGAAACAACCAGAAGUCGCAAGGAACCAGGUCUUGAGAGUAGGGAGGUUGACGAAUUGUUUGGCUUUGAGAAUCACCAAGCUUUUGACAGAAUUUGAUGCAGUAUCUUUGCUCAAUUCGUUCAGUCAUCUUGCGAGAAAAUUGCCAGCCAGCGACUUGCACAAGCGAACGCGUUGAAAAAAUUUAAGCAUGCGCAUUAAGGUUCCUCCUUCCACCGUGCACAGUGGCGCCGCCUUAGAAUCACUACUUUGCGCGGAAAAAAAUUAAGGUCGGAUACUUUUUAGACAGGCCUCGUACAUUUAUUUGUUGUUUAUUAAUCCUAACUUUUGGUUGGGAUUGUCUCUAACUGCUCUACAUUGAUUUCUUUUUAUUAUGUCACUAGUUUAUCUUAUCAUUAUAAUUAUCAAUCGGUUGAAAAAUGGUUGGAAUUCUACUUACUUUUCCGUUGACAACAAAUUUUGCGAUUGUCUAUAAAAAUUUCAACAUUUGGAGAAAAAAUAAUUUACCAUAGAUCCAAUUCCUGUCAUGGGAAAAAUCGUUUCGUAGUUCUUCCGAUAAAAUAAUAUUAGGCAAUCCAACCGCAUCCCAAAAAAAUCCAAUAUGGCCGACGAUUAGCAAAAACAGAAAUACGAGGUGUCCCAGAAACAUACCGCCAAACUUUAAAGGGUGAUAGGAAACUUUUUUGUUUAAUAAACAUAUAUCCACAAAUGAACUGUUUGAGAAGAAAAAAAUUAUCAUUUUUGUUUAUUUUGGUGAUUAAUAAUUAAUAAUAUCUAAUAAUAAUUUUUAAAAUGUUAAAGACUAAAUAAAAUUACAAUAAUUGUUAAAAAUAUUGACCAUUUGCUUCAAUGCAAAAAUUAAAGUGUUCAUUGACUCGCGGGCCCUAUGGAAUAUUCCUGGAAUAGUUUAUACAUAUGUAAAGCCCAUUAUUAUUGCUAAGAGAUCGUCCUCAGGCAUUUACUUUACACUAAAGAUUUCAGAUAACCCCAAAGGAAAAAAUCUAGGUGUUUCGAGAUCUGAAGUCAGGUUUCUUUCAACCCAUCGCCGAGGAAUUCGCUGGUUCAAAUACUGGCGCUCGUUUAAACCAAAAUGUGCAUAUUGAAACCACAUGUUAUUUCUAAUUUCUAAAGGGACAUUUUCUAAUAAUAGAGACAGAAAAUGGAGAUAAAUGCGUUCAAACGAGCAGGCAGCAAGUGAUGUAUUAGAUUAUCUGCAACAAUACCAGCCCACAUGUUUACAAAAACUUGUUGCUGGUGUCUUUUAAAGACCGCACCAUGAGAAUUUUAAUCAUGCUAAAUGUGGCUGUUUCUAUUAUUAAAAUAACUAUCAGUAAACAAUUUUUUUCGUAGUGAGGGUCUAUUGAGUUAUGAUCCAAAAACCAUUGGCAGAAAGCUAAUCGAUGUGGAUAAUCUUUAAGAUUUAAAGCUUGUACGCGUUGUAAAUCGUAGGGGUGGAUUUGUUCAUGCAGGACACGCUAUACCAUAGACUUGAAGGAUCUCGUAUGGUGUGCAAUUGCGUGAAAGUUAUGUUAUGUUGGGAAUGGGGUGUUAUUGUGAUCUAAAAGAUCUAUUGUGCAGAAUAUGAAUGAUCGUUUUGUCCUCCUUCUCCUCCUCAUAGAAUCUUAUACUACUCUCAGUUUACUCAGUCGCAAUGCCCAGUAAGGACCCCUGUUUCAAUGUGUAGCUGGUUCUUGUUCAAACAGAUAUAUGCUUCCGAUCUUUUCUAGUUAUAUUCACCCAGAAGUAUCAGCCUGUCUUAGCCCCAAGAGAUUAAUCCAAUUAUCAGCUCUUCUACUGCCAAUUCUUUUUUAAUCUCUCCUAAUAUUGUGUUACUGCUGAUACCGCAGAACGGCUCAGAUCCCACAAAGGGUAUUUGAACCCCUUUUCAUGCAAUCUCGUUAUACCCCGUUAUAUCCUGGGACCCAAGUGAGAGUAACUAUAUUUCCUCGACUAGCUCAUCCAGUUUUUCUAGGCAUCUCCAGACUAUGGCUCCAUUACUAUCGGACAUGAUGAUAUAGUCUCUACGAAGAUUUAUCGUGGAUUUAUUUUCCUCCACACGGUGUAGAAUUCCUUCGAAUUCAACUGUACCAGCUGUUCUUGGACAACCACCACACCAGUGAUAGGAUUCUGGACUGAGGGAGUAGUGCUUCCCGAUAGAGCCGAUAUUUUGUCUUCGUCAGUGUAAAGACGAAGUAAACAAGAAAGAUAAAGACAAAAUAUUUGUUCUGUUGAGGAAGACGAAUCGAUCAAUAGUACGCUUUAGGUUCCCCCUUUCUUUACGGCGAAGAUGGUUAGAAGCAAAGGUUAUGUGAUGAGGUUGCAGGCAUUCUGGAUAUAUUUGUUCAUACAAACGUCCAGCUUUUCUUUCAGUACAAUUGGACGCACUAUAAGCAAGGUGCAUAUCAGGAAGUUCUUGAAAUGGGUCCAUUAUCGUCCAUUUUAAACAUAAAUUUUGAAUUAAAAAAUAGUAAUACGGUUUUAAAAUUGACAGCUUUGGUAAAGAAUGUUUCUGCUCCCCAACAAAAAAUGUAGUUGAAAAAAAAAAUGUCGAACGAAAGUCAGUGGUGUUGUACUAAAUGAAGAAUAAAUUUAGUUAUUUCAAACGGCUCAUUUGCGACAUAUGUUUGUUUUCUUUUAAUUUAAUUCUGCAAAUUUACAAUCAACUAUUAAAGUACAUAGAACUAUAAGAAAACGAGUAAGGCAGGAGAGGGGAAAUUAUCCACUGAUGAGCCUCCUGUAUUUACUGUGGUUCAUUCAUUGUGGUUUGGGGCCUCCAUUAGGUCUUUUAAGUCUUCUUCUGAUAUUAGGUGGAUUACUCGUCUCAGUUAUAUAUCGGUUUUCCGUUCCUGUAGUUUCUCUUUUUAGAUUAUUGACAUUCUUUUUAUUUCAUUGGCGACGUAUGCAAUUUGUAGUACUUUUGAUUGUAAUCUUUGAAUGAUUUGUUCUGAUUAAUUUUAAUUAUCCACGUUUUGAAUAAGUUUUAAAGGACGUCGAGGUGUUGCUUAUGGUGGUUUGAUGCUACAGCUGGAUCUUCGUUUACUGCUUGGGCGACAUGCUGUUAUACAAUAUGCCUUCUCUUCAAGGCUCGAGAUAAUUUUGUUUAAUUGUGGAAUGUUUAUUAAAGAAAAAAGUAUAUUUUGAUUUCCCCAGUCACCUCUUAAAGUUUGUCGGUGUGUUUUUCUUACACCCUGUAUAUGUGACAAAGUUUGUUGACUUAAUUUUUUCAUUGUUGUUUAUUGUAAAUCGCAGCAAAUUUGUAAUUAUCUAAAAGAUUCUGCGUUAAUUUAUUAAUUGGUGAAGUGUUUGACAAUCGUCCACCAUUUUAAGUCGCGUAAUUUGGAUUAUCUAAUUUUUAUACUUAAUAAUAAAAAUUACUUUGACAAAUAAGCAAACUGAUAAUACUAAAUGAAAUCAUUACAUACAGAAUAAUUCUAAAUUAUGGUUUAAAACGCUUUAAUGAAGAUACUUUUACGUCCUUUAGAAUCACCGUGUAUAUAUUUUUGAUUCAUUUGUGACAUAAACGGGAGUUAAAAAAAAUGCAGUAUUAGUAGAAAUAAUUUGAAUCUAGGGUGUUAUAUUUAAAAAUUAUUUAUAAAAUUUUAAAAAUCCAUUUGUUGAAAUUAUUACAACCAAUUAUUCCGAUAGCUGUUUAUUAUCACUGCUUUUAAACAUUGACAGAACUAGCCAAAUUUUUAUUACCGCAAACAAUAGAUGUUUAAUAUACAGUGAAUAAAUAAGCUAUUGAUGAUGAUAAUAAUAAUAAUUAUAAAAUAUGCUCAAUGUAUUUAUUUGUAAGUUUUAUAAUUCUUUUUUAAGGUUUUAAAAAUAUUUUUGUGGCAUUAUUUUUAAAACAUUUCCAUUAAAUUUCAAUUUUUUUUAGGUUUUUAAGCUUUAGUAGAUAGUAAGAACUGACAAAUUAUUUAUUAUUUUAUACUGUUAUUUUGUAUGCG